GGGCCGAGGACGCGACAUAUCCACCACCACCACCAACACCACCACCAUUUAGGGUUAGAGGAUUUGCGCUCUCCAGACACAUCGCCCCCCAAGUCGGUCGAAUCGAAGCGAUGGCGUCUCGUCUGCUUGCGGCGGCCUCCUCCUCCUCCUCGUCUUCCUCCCCCCUCGCUCGCCUCAUCUCCAGCCGCCGUAUGGCCGGCGCCGCAGAUCACCACGGAUCGACAAAGGUGAACAUGUGGCAGGAGCCCUUGAACCCCGGCAACUGGAAGGAAGAGCACUUUGUGCUAACCAGCUUAGCGAUGUGGGGCGCUAUUAUAUAUGGUGGAUUGAAGGCGUUUGGUGGGAAAAAAGAAGUGAAAACUGAGGCGGGGUCAGCGCCAGCAGCAGCACCGGCACAUUAAACUUCAUCCGAGCUUUAUUUUCUUACUGCAAUCUGUUUUAAGUAUGUUGUUGACGAUAAAUUGAGACCGAGUUUGUAAGGCUGGCAAGGUUAAGGAGCUGCGCUGCCCAGCCACCAUGAAUAAUCUGAACGUGGUGUAACUUUUCAUCCAACAAUUUUUCUACUACAGGAAGUUGGAAAUACGCUAUUUUCUGUGUGAGCACUCAGUUUCCUAUAAUUCACACAGACUAAUGUUCAGGAAA